UAUUUGGAAAGCAAGUUUAUAAAAAUACAUGAUUUUAAGAUGUCAGCUGCUGUGGCAUCAAACCAUUUAGAACAUGACAUAAGAACACUUGCACAAACUAAGAGGAUUAGAGUUACAGAAUUCUUUCAAGAUUUUGACAAACUGAGAUCAGGAUUCAUAACAGAUCAGCAAUUUUUUCGAUGCUUAUGGCAAACAUUAGGCUUGAAGUUAGAUACAGAACAGGAAGCUGUCUUAAGACAAAAAUAUGACUUUUUGAGAAAUGGCAGAUUUAAUUACAAGGCAUUCUGUGAAGAAAUAGAUAGAAACUUUAAUCCACAUGAUUUAACCAAAGAUCCUGCCAGGCAGAGAGUCGAAGCUCCUGAAUUCCUGGGAACCAUAAGAACAGUACGUCCAUUGACUCCAACUCAAGAAGAUGUUAUUUUGGGGGUUUUGAGUCGUAUGCAACAGUUUUAUCAGUACCAUGGAAUCAACCUGAGAACCUGUUACGAAGACUUUGAUCGUCAUCAUAUGGGUGUAGUUACAGAAAGUCAGUUUUACAGAAGUUUUCCUGGUCCUCCAGAUGUGAGUGAGGGUGAAAUCGCAUUAUUAGUGAACAAAUACAGAGAUCCUAGCAAACCAGGACUUCUUAACUACUUAAACCUUCAUCAUGAUAUUGUGGCCAUCACUGGACAAAUAGCAAAACAGAAGCAACUUACACCAACAUUUGAAAGAUCUGUGGAUUAUGUCCCAUUGCAGCCAACUUCAGAUCCAACAUUGAACCAGAUCUUUGAUAAGAUCAGAGUUGCUGUUUACAAAAAUGGGAUCCGUACAAAAGAAUUUUUCAAGGAUCAUGAUAAAUUAAGGAGUGGCAUUAUAACAGAGAACCAAUUUAUAUGUGGACUGGCCCUUGCUGUGGGAAAGGAAGCUCAGUUAUCACGACCAGAGAUACAGAAAGUUGUUGAGUAUUACAGAAGACAGGAUGGGCGUGUACAAUAUAAAGAAUUUUGUGAUAUGAUGGAAAAUGCAUUUAACAUACCAAAUCUUGACAAGAAACCAUUACAGGAAGUGAUCAGACCAGGCAGAGGAGCACUUGCUAGGACUCUUAAACCACUGACAGAUAAUGAGGAGGCCAGAGUGAACGUUGUUUUGUCAGAAAUAGCAGAACAGGUUAGACGCAGACGACUGAUGAUGUACACAUACUUUAAGGAUUACGACAGGGGAAAGGCCUAUACUAGAGUUGUCACACCAUUACAGUUCGGAAGAAUUUUACAUUUCUUAAGUUUAAAUGUAACUGCAGAGGAUAUGAAGUUAUUAUGUAAAAAGUUUGAAGACCCUGCCAGUGGUGAUGUAAAUUAUCCAGCUUUUGUACAAUGUGUAGAUAAAGAAUUUGUUGGUCACACUUUGGAAGAUGCUGACAUAUCAGAAAAGGGGCGUACUAAUACAAAUGCACCAGAGAAGACUUUAGAGCAGAGCCUCAGUAAUGUCUCUUUUGAGGAUUUGAUGUCAAGAAUUAGACAUAUAGUGCUAACAAAUAGACUCAGGGUGAAUGAAUUUUUCCAAGAUUAUGAUCCAUUAAGAAGUGGAUCUAUCAGUAAGACACAGUUCAGACGUGGUCUAGGAUUACUUGGACUGAGUAAAUUGGGAACCCAUGAUUUAACAGAUGGUCAUUAUAGAAUCUUAAUUGAUGCCUACCAAAGUCCUGAUAAAGAAGAUCAAGUGUUGUGGACAAGGUUUUUACAUGAUGUUGAAACAGUAUUUACACAGCCUUGUUUGGAAAAAGAUCCAAACUUCCAAGUACCUCCACAGGAAAUAUUCCGUGUCCCAAAACCUGGUACUGUAGACUGGGACCAGAGUACCGAAGACCAUCAAAGUAUUUUUGAGGGAACCAUGGAUAGAUUGCGGCAAAGAACAAAUCAGAGAAGAGUACUGACAAAACCAGUUUUUCAGGACUUUGACCUACAUAAUAAUGGCCAUGUGACCAGGGUCCAGUUCAGACAGUGUUUAACAAUCCUAGAACUUCAUGCUACAGAGCCUGAGAUGGCAUCACUGGAGGCUAAGUUCUGUAAUGAUGUUGGGUUUAACUACUUACAAUUCCUGCAAGAGCUUGAACCAAGAGAACAACAGCAGUUUAUGUAUGAGAAGCGAUUAGAAGAACUCAGACUUACUAAUACAUCAAAGAAAUUACCUGAAUUGAAUAUUGCUGAAGAUUUAGAAGGAGUUAUGAUGAAAGUGAAGACUAAGGUCAGUAAAGAAAGAGUUCGUGUUCUGGAGUUCUUGAGAGACUAUGACAAACUCAGGUCAGGAAGAAUACUGAAGACAUCAUUCCGUCGUGCUCUUGAUUUAUGUAGAUUUGAGUUAAAGGAAUCAGAAGUCUGUAUCCUGGAAGACAAAUACCAAUCACAGGGUUAUCCAGAUUUUGUAGACUAUGUGAAGUUCUGUGAUGAUGUGGAGAGUAUAUUUACUUUCAAAGAACUAGAAAAAGCACCGUUACAGGAAGUGGUACAGUUCAAACCUCCAGAAGAAUGGGAACUUAAUAAACUAGAACCAGAAGCUGAAUCACAGUUUUCAAUGUGUAUGGAUAGAAUUUCUGAAAAGGUGAGGAAACACAGAAUGCAGUUAUAUCCCUUGUUCGAAGAUUAUGACAGGGUCCACAAUGGCACAGUAUCAAGAUCACAAUUCAGACGUGUUCUUAGUGAACUAGAGUUAGCCAGUCUGGUAAAUGAACAAGAAUUUAAACUCCUCUGGCACAAGUUUGAUGUCAAAAUCGGAGGAAAAGAUGAUGUUAAUUACAUUGCAUUUUGUGAAAUGAUUUAUGCUUUAGCCAAGUUUGAAUGGAGGAAACCAUAAAAAUGUAAACAUAGAAAACAAACAAGCAUUAAACUGUGAUAAAUAAUAAAAUGAGAAAAUAAAAGACAGUGAAGAAAAGUUAUAUUAAACUGAGAUUGCUUAAUGUUGAAACAAUUUUAUGAAUGCAUAUUAUGUUCCAAGUAUCAGUAUAUAAUGGAUGUUGCAAAUUACUGUUAUUUCAUUUCUUUUACUUUUAAAUAACUAAUGCCAUGUUUAUUUCUUUGCUUGAUGUUUCUCAACUUUUCCAGAAAUUAAGAUUGUUCUUUUAUCAGAUUAAAAAGACAUUGAUUGUGGAAAUGCUGCCAAAUUUUUCUUCAUUUUGUCAAAACAAGGUUUUUUAUUAUUGUUCUAUAAGUUGUUGCUUCAAACAAUUAAUCACCUUGCUGUAAAUAAGCAUUGUCAAUACAGAAACAAAUAUAUUAGAAGCAAUCUAUUUUACAUCAACUUUAUUUUUACACUAUUAUAUUUAAAAUUUGUUUUAUAUCUAAUAAAUGAUGUCCUUUGUA